AUGCCAGAACUAUUCACAAUGGACCAGCGAUUUGAGACAGAUAGUUUUGGUGAGUGUGCGAAGUUGUCGGAACUGCAGUCUGCACUCUGGUCGCUAGACAUCGUUGGUUCAAUCACAGUGAUAGAGUGGGACUUGCUGAGCGAUUCGGAGGAAGCACAACGCUGUUUUGCCCCGCUAACACGGGGUGGCGAAAAGUCCCAUUGUCCCAUGGAACUGACACUUGUGGGUGAGGAAACCUCAGUUUCAGAACUUGGUGUCGUUGGUCUAGUACUCGUCCCCACCUCCUGUCUUUCGAAGCCUUCCGAUUCCUUUGUUUUGGACGAUGAUAUGGUGAGCCGUGUACAUUGUGUCUUCAUUGCUAAACGACCGUGGGGGUAUGUCUGGGAAGCUGAAGACCCAACCGAACAAAUCCGGGUGACUGGUUUGAGCCAACUGUUGUCGAACGGGCUGUCUAGUAUGCAAAUUAUGGAGAUCCGCAUAUCGAUAAAGAAAAUGGCCCUAACAUUCGUGUUGCAAACAGCAUGUCUGUGGAAAGAAGCAACAGCUGGACCCACUCGUCGCCCGGAUUGGUAA